AUGGUAGGGCUGUAUUCCGAUCGUCUACCAGAUCUCAACUGGUUUCUUAAUAUUGCCGCUUCCCCCGGCUCUCCAACGCUUCUUGCUCCUAAGAAGAACUCAUUAUCCCUAACAAAAAGGAAGCGAAAACCCUGUCAACCAACCCAACAUGUGAUUGAUUCGGCUGGUCAGAUCGACUAUUACGCCACCAACCUAAAACCUCCACUAAGUUAUGCACAGCUGAUUAUGGAUGCGAUGGCAGAACGUCAAGUGGACAAGAUCACAUUAUCGGAAAUUUACGAAUAUGCAUCUAGACGAUAUGCUUAUUAUAGAAAUUCCAAAGGCCCUUGGAAGAACUCUAUACGACAUAACUUAUCCUGCAACCAACUCUUCAAGAAACUACCAAGAAAAAGUGGAGAGAAGGGAAAAGGAUCUUAUUGGACUCUCAAUGAUGAUGGCUCGUAUGCUUCAAGCAAAAAGACAAAAGCAAAGAUAGGGGAAGGUGAAGAAAGUUUGUGCAAAUCGUCAUCUCGUGUAAAUUCGGCAGUACUCCAUUAUAUGGAUUCACUUCGAAGCCAACGAAGAUGUAUUGCCCCACAUGAUAUUUCUCUCAUUGAAGAAUGUGGACCAACUGUUUUCGACGACCAAGUGCUAACAACUUAUGACGGAAACUCAUCAGCAGGAUCAUCGGUACAGAUGGACCAUUCCGAGUCCUCAUUCACAGAUGUUGGGUUCUCUUCUGACGAUCAGGGCUUGCAGUGUGAUUAUAGCUGGCACAGCGACUUGAGCUCUUAUGAUUUGGAUGGAAUGAAUGCAGUCCCUAUGGUUGGACAAUUUCAAGAAUUUCACUGCAAUACUUUCGAUAUCGAUCCAAACACUCCUCCACAAUGGCAGGAUGUCGAUCAGUAUUACGACGAACUAAUGCGAUUAGAGGGAGAGGAAAGCUUAUAG